CAGAGUCUACGAAUCACUGAGCAGCUCUAUACCGGAAGUGUGAUUUAUUGGAAUAUGGGUAGGGAAAAAUAAUAGAGGGAAAGAGAAGAAGAAAAAUACCCACAAUACUUUGCGUCAGCGAGGCCGCCAUUGCUUGCGAACGGAAGCGAGUUGCAAGAGACAGCAUGGCGCUCCGUGGGCUUCUUCAGCUUUCCUUGGUCUUCCGCUCGGCUGCGAGUGUGACACUGCGCAGGAACAUUGGCAUCUCUGCUGUUCUUUUUAACAAGGCGAAAGAUCUGGACCCUGUACAGAAACUCUUCCUGGACAAAAUCCGCGAGUACACCGUUAAGAGCAAGACUUCAGGUGGAGUGGUUGAUGCUGGCCCCAGCUACCAGAAGAACAUGACAGAAGAGAUUAACAAACUGCAGAGGUUAUAUGGUGGAGGUGACCUGACUAAAUUCCCUGACUUCAAAUUCCAAGAGCCCAAGCUGGAGGAGGUUGCCAAGUGAGCAGGUUUCUGCUCAAAUCUACAUGUCUGUCAUUCUGAGUUAUGAAAAUAAUUAUUUAAUAAAACUUGGUUGAAAAAUGGGA